AUAGUACUUGAGUACAGUGUUCAACAGACAGAGCUUAAGAUGAGACCCGAAUUCGUCCUGGCCUUUGGUUUGGUUGUCCUCGUGGCGACCGUUUAUGGUGGCACCGACUCAUCCUCGAGCGACUCGUCCUCUUCCACAUCACCCACUUCCAAUUCAUCGACUCCAUCGACUUCCAGCUCAAGUUCGACACCCAGCUCUUCGUCCUCCACCUCAACUCCGUCCAGCAAUAGCACUACGUCUACUUCGUCCUCCACUCCUAGCAGCUCUUCUUCCACUUCGCCCACUUCCUCCACCUCAUCGACGACUGCCACAACCACGGCCCCCUCCACGUCCAGCGACACGUCCUCCUCCUCCACGAGCUCCGACAGCGAGGAGGUGGACAGGCUGAGGCGCAGGCUUCGCAGGCUCCGGCGGCUGAGGCGUCAGGAGAGGCGCCAGGAGAUUCGCCGGGAGAGGCAGCAGGAAAGGCGCCAGCAGAGUCGUGCUGGAAGAAGGCGCCAACGUAGGGGAUAAACCAUCGGCUUAACCCGAUCGAACAAUGAAAUGGUCCAAAUUGAAAAAUAAAUGCAUACACAAAAGC